AACCUAUUAAACAUUAGAGAUAGGACCUUUCGAAACGCAAAAAGUUUCGAUUUCUCGAAACAUUGUGCUAGUUUUGUGAUUUGAAACUCUCGAAACACAGUUACAGAUUUGAGAGUUACCGAAAAGUCAUUAAUUUUGGUACUUUAAAAAAAAAGUAAACAAAAAUGUUGGUGUUAUUUGAAACCCCAGCUGGAUAUGCUAUUUUUAAGUUGCUUGAUGAAAGUAAGUUAGCACAAGUAGAUAACCUAUUUCAAGACUUCGAAACGCCUGAAGCCGCUAGUAAGAUACUAAAAUUAAAACAUUUUGAAAAAUUUGCUGAUACCACUGAAGCUUUAGCAGCUACGACAGCUGCAGUAGAAGGCAAACUUUGCAAAUCAUUGAAAAAAAUCCUAAAAAAACAUUGUUCAGAGCUUCAAGAACAAUUAGCUGUUGCUGAUGCUAAACUAGGAAAUGCUAUAAAAGACAAAUUGAGCUUAUCUUGUGUUAGCAAUACUGCUAUACAAGAAUUAAUGAGAUGCAUUCGCAGUCAGGUAGAUGGUUUAUUUGCUGGUCUUCCAAAGAAAGAAAUGACAGCUAUGGCAUUAGGUUUGGCUCAUAGCUUAUCUAGAUAUAAGCUUAAAUUUUCACCUGAUAAAAUUGACACUAUGAUAAUUCAAGCUGUCUGUCUAUUAGAUGAUUUAGACAAAGAAUUAAAUAAUUACGUCAUGCGCUGUCGUGAAUGGUAUGGCUGGCACUUCCCAGAACUAGGAAAGAUAAUUACAGACAAUAUAGUAUUUGUGAAAACAGUAAAAAUUAUUGGAACCAGAGAAAAUACUAGUAACUCUGAUUUAUCCGAUAUAUUACCAGAAGAUGUAGAAGAAAAAGUUAAAGAAGCUGCUGAAAUAUCUAUGGGAACUGAAAUCUCUGAAGACGAUAUUCUGAAUAUUCAACAUUUAUGUGAUCAAGUUAUUGAAAUUUCUCAAUACAGAACGCAGUUGUAUGAUUACCUUAAAGCAAGAAUGAUGGCAAUGGCACCAAAUUUAACUGUCCUUGUUGGUGACUUAGUUGGAGCUCGGUUAAUUUCACAUGCUGGUUCAUUAAUAAACCUUGCUAAGCAUCCAGCUUCUACAGUACAAAUUCUUGGUGCGGAGAAAGCUCUUUUUCGAGCAUUAAAAACGAAAAAAGAUACACCAAAAUAUGGUUUAAUUUAUCAUGCACAACUAGUAGGACAAACUUCAACUAAAAACAAAGGAAAAAUGUCAAGAAUGUUGGCAGCUAAAGCUGCAUUAGCAACUAGAGUAGAUGCCUUAGGAGAGGAUACUAAUUUUGAUCUUGGAGCUCAACAUAAAGCUAAAUUAGAAGUACGUAUGAAAAUAUUAGAAGAAGGCAAUCUUCGUAGAAUCAGUGGAACAGGCAAAGCAAAAGCAAAAUUUGAAAAAUACCAGACAAAGAGUGAAUAUCUUCAAUAUCCUGCAUCUGCUGACACAACUCUGCCAAGUAACAAGAGGCGGCAUUCUGAAAUUGAAGAUAAAAGACCAUUAAUUGAAGAAGUCGUAAAACGAGAAGAAGAAAUUCCUAAGAAAAAAAAGAAAAAACAGAACAUUGAAACUGCAGAGGAAUCAAUAGUUAAAGAAGAACUAACUGAAAUGAACAUAGAAGAUGAGAUUACUUCCGUAACAAAGAAGAAAAAGAAGAAAACUAAAACAGACAUAACUGAAGAAGGUGGUUCUGCAUCUGUUACAGAAGACCAACAGUUAGAAACUUCUCAAACGUUUGAUGAAGCAUCCGAAAUAACAAAGG